CACCAUUAUAAGCAAUAAUUCAUUUUUUUGUGGUCCGCUGACAAACGAAGAUGUUGUAUAUAGUAACAAUUUUGACAGUGUUAAUAGUUUUAGCACGCAACAAAAGAAGACAGCAGAGAAUAUGUGACUCAAAAAGACGGCUCAACGGAAAGACUGCAUUGGUGACCGGAGGAACAGCUGGCAUGGGCCUGGAAAUAGCUACAGACUUGGCUGCUAGAGGCGCCAGGGUGAUCGUCGCAUGCCCGUUCCUGGAAGAGGGGAAUCAAGCUGAGAAAACCAUCAUCUCUACCACUGGGAACGAAAAUGUCAAAUUCAUACUCCUAGAUCUCUCCUCCUUUAAAUCCGUUAGGCAAUUUGCAGCAAUUAUCAAGUCUGAAAGCAGAUUGGAUAUUUUAGUGAAUAACGCAGGCAUAGGAAACUCUACCGAGGCAUUGACUGCUGACGGAAUGAAUUUCAUUAUGCAGGUGAAUUAUUACGGCCAUUUUUUGCUCACUAUCCUUCUCCUUCCACUAAUGAAAAAAUCCGGGAGUCCUGCAGACCCAGCGCGAAUAAUUAACACGACAUCAAUGCUGCACCAUUUUGGGGUCUACAACCUGACAAAAGAACAAACUGGAAAACAUAAUUUUCUUCGAAGAAACCGUUUCUAUGCCACAAGUAAAUUAUGCACGGCACUAUUUUCCCGUGAGUUAACCAGGACUCUAGACUCUACUAAAGUUGUUGCCAACACCGUGGACCCUGGAAUAGUCGGAACAGGAAUCUUCUAUAGUUUAGGCGGUGUAGCAGGUUUCCUGGCUAAAGUUUUAUUUUUAAGCUUAUUCAGUUCUCCAUGGGAAGGCGCACAAACUGCCAUUCACUUGGCGGUCGAUGAAGAGGCAGGUAAAGUUAGUGGAAAACUAUUUAGAAACUGUGAAAUAGCUGGAAAUUCUUCUGCUAUCUCAAGCAACCAAACAGCAAAACAAUUAUGGGAUGAUUCGGUAAAAAUGGUAAAGUUAUCAGACACAGAAAUGAUCGAAUGGCUCGCGGUUGCGUAGCAUAGCUAUAGCUCCGUAGGUAUUAUUACAUUAUAUAAUGUAGGUAAAUUAGUUUGAAAAGUCAUUACUUGUAGGUAGGUAGUAUAAUAGCGAACGAAUUACUUUAAGUGUUAAAAAUUUAACUAUAUCUAAUUACUCUCCGAUCAUACUUAUUUUAUGAACUUUUGUCAGUAUUACGUUUAAAAUACUUAAUUCAACACAAAAAAUAAUCUUAAGUUAGAUAUUAAUAUAUGUAUCUAAGUU